ACAAAGUAAUUAAAGAUAUUUUUCUGUUUUAUUUUAGCUUCUGAAUGAUAUAUUUUUGUCCAGCAGGUGGUUAAAUGACUGGCUCAAACCGCCCUCCUGUUGUGACAUAAUCCAACAUGGCGGCCACCGUUGGCAGACUUCUCCGCACCUCUGUACGGGCUGCAGCUGGAGGGCUGAAAGUUGCAGCUGCUUGUCAACAUGGAGCUGGUGGCACUGCAAGGGUUCUUUCUGCUGCUGCCCUUCAGAGAUCCAGUUUCUGCACCAGCACCUCCAGAUGGGCCCCUGCCGUCACUCAGCCGGCUCCUGACUUUAAGGCCACAGCUGUCCACAACGGGGAGUUCAAGGACCUGAGUCUGGCUGACUUCAAGGGCAAAUACCUCGUUCUUUUCUUCUACCCGCUGGACUUUACGUUUGUUUGCCCGACGGAGAUCAUUUCGUUCAGCGACAAGGCCAGCGAGUUUCACGACAUCAACUGCGAGGUGGUGGGAGUGUCUGUGGAUUCUCACUUCACCCACCUGGCCUGGAUCAACACGCCACGAAAGGCUGGAGGUUUAGGACAUAUCCACAUCCCUCUACUGUCAGACCUCAACAAGCAGAUCUCCAGGGACUACGGGGUGCUUCUGGAGGGCCCGGGCAUCGCACUGAGGGGCUUGUUCAUCAUUGACCCAAACGGCGUGGUGAAACACAUGAGUGUGAACGACCUGCCGGUCGGACGCUGCGUUGAAGAGACCCUGCGUUUGGUGAGGGCGUUCCAGUUCGUCGAGACGCACGGGGAGGUUUGUCCGGCCAGCUGGACCCCGGAGUCUCCAACGAUCAAACCAACCCCUGAAGGAUCAAAGGAGUACUUCGAGAAGGUCAACUGAGUUCACAACAGCCUGAAAGUAGAGACGAUUAAAGCCUCUGAUCUUAGUUUGCAGUUCACUAAUAAAUCCUUUGGACCAUUUUG